GUGUACGGUGCCGCCAUCCAGUUCUACGAGCCCUUCCCCCAGGUGUGUCUGACUGAUGCCCAGCGCUCCCAGCUGGGUCUCCUGAGUCCAGAUCCAGUACAACCAGCCUCCUCCAGCUGUACGGAGACAUCCACCAGCACCACCAGCAGCCCGGCCAAAGCCCAAUGCUCCGUCUACACCAACAAGUGCAUCUGUCUGCUUUCCCACUGGCCCUUCUUCGACGCUUUCCGCAAGUUCCUCACAUUCCUAUAUCGCUACUCCAUCUCUUGCCCUCACGCCCUGCCCAUCGAGAAGCACAUCUCUCAUUUUAUGCACAAAGUUCCCUUCCCUUCCUCUCAGAGGCCUCGCAUCCUGGUGCAGCUUUCCCCUCAUGACAGCCUGAUGUUGAGCCAGCCAGUGUCUUCUCCCUUACCGCUCAGCGGUGGUCGAUUUUCCACGCUGCUCCAGAACCUCGGACCAGAGAACGCCGUCACCCUGCUGGUGUUUGCCGUCACUGAACACAAGAUCCUGGUGCACUCGUUACGCCCCGCCGUGCUGACCAGCGUCACCGAGGCUCUGGUGUCGAUGAUCUUCCCGUUCCACUGGCAGUGCCCGUAUAUUCCUCUGUGCCCGCUGGCGCUGGCUGACGUAUUAAGCGCCCCCUGUCCAUUCAUCGUAGGAGUGGACUCCCGCUACUUUGAUCUUUAUGACCCCCCACCAGACGUGAGCUGCGUGGAUCUGGACACAAACACCAUCUUCCACAAUGAAGAUAAGCGAGCCCUCACGUGGAAGAUCCUGCCAAAGAAAGCCUGUAAAAACCUGAUGAAUGUGCUGAGCAAUCUCCACCAGCAGCUGGUCGACGGUCAGCAGCGUCCUGACGGGCUGCUGGAGCUGAGCAUGAAUGAUUUAACAGAGUUGAGCUGUGGUAAGAGCCUCCACACGCUGGAGCUGGAGAUCCAGGAAGCCUUUCUGCGCUUCAUGGCGGCCAUUUUGAAAGGCUACCGCUCAUUCUUGCGACCAAUCACCCAGGCACCUUCUGAGAAAGCGACGGACGCCAGCUCCCUCUUUGACCUGCAAGUAAUCUGA